GGAUUGGGUACGGGAGCAGCCGGAGAAAAUCAAUUUUCCACAAUAAUAAAAGUGUUUCUAAUGGACAUUAGUACUGUGAUCACUGGUUUUCCUAGUGUAAAAUACAAUAGUUGUUUCAAAUAGUGCGUCAAAAUAGAUAAUGCAAAAAAAUAUAGUUGCAAGUUGUCAUGGCGGCUGCAUCAUCGACCAAUAGAAACGCUCGAUGCAUCGGUUGUUAGGUGUUCUUUUUCGCUUUGGGAUACGCGUCAUUCAACUAUUUUGUGUGUCCCCGGUGAAAUGCAAAAUUUGUACAUAGCGAUUAGUAAAAGGUGAUCGGCAUGCUUUAGUGAAUAAUAAACUUAAGUCCAUUAAUAAAAGAACAAGCGCGUAAAAUGUGUCUCUGUUGUUUGUCACGUGACCUACCCGAUUAGUAUGGCGAAAAGCUCGGACAACGACCAUGAGUCGUUUUAAGUAAAAUUUUGACAUUCGCAUUUGUAUACAAGUUUGUUUUCAUAAUCUACCACGUGCACAUUAACUAGUGAUUGACAGUUAACAAGCAGGAUGUCAACAAGAGGUAUGAAAAAGAGGGGGCGUCCCCCUAAAGUCCAGGUUGCAGAAAGAACCAAAAAAUUUCAGUAUCAUCUGCUUAAAAAACCAAAAUACUUGUUGAAUUAUAAGGGGUCAGAUUCCCAGUCGAGCACUCCUACAGCUUCUAGAGCCUCUUCCCCACAAGAGAGUGACACAAGCAGAAGGAGUAGUAAUCGAAUAAGAGGUAAAGAUGGACAUCGAACAAGUCGAAGAGCUGGAUAUGUUGGCUCGGCUUACCAACGAAGAGGAUACAAUACCUCACAGGUUGAUUAUCAUGAUUCAGAAUAUCAUUACGGGUCUGACUUUGGUGAUGAUUCAAGUGACAAUAAAAGUGACAUAGAGGAUGAGUUAGGGGUAAGCGAAAGUGAAUCUGAGGGUUCAGUAGGUGACCCAACUAGUGACAGUGACUUUUCAUUAAGCAGUUAUAGUACUAUGAGUGGAACACCACGUAAAACGUUCAAUGUAAAUAGGGCACCUACUCCGGAACCUCCAUUGUGGUUGCAGAACCGAGAAAUUCCAAAAUUAGUGCUACCGAAAUCGUCAGACGAUUUACUGGUGCCUAAGGAACAUGUUAUGGAAGUUGUCAGUAUAUAUGAAGUAUUAAGACAUUUUAGAAAUUUGGUAAGAUUAUCUCCCUUUAGAUUAGAAGAUUUCUGUGCUGCUAUAAUGUGCGAAGAUCAAAGUAGUUUACUCGCCGAGGUACAUAUAAUGCUUCUUAAAGCUUUAUUAAGAGAAGAAGAUUCACAGCAGACCCAUUUUGGGCCUCUAGAUCAAAAGGAUAGUGUUAAUAUUUCUUUAUAUUUAAUAGACUACAUUACAUAUCCUGAAGUUCUAAAGGCAUAUGUAGAGAGUGACAAAAAUUUUGACCAAAAGGUUUUGGAAGUCCUAGCCAACACAGAUUACCCUUUCUCUACACUUGAGGAUAGAAUUAAAGUGCUUCAGUUUUUAACAGAUCAGUUUUUAACAACAAACCCAGUGAGAGAAGAUCUAUUAAGUGAAGUGCCUAUGCACUAUGAUGACCACUGUCGAGUGUGCCACAAACUUGGUGAUCUGCUAUGCUGUGAAACUUGCCCCGCUGUUUACCACUUGGAAUGCGUGGAUCCCCCCUUAGUCAAUGUACCCGAAGAGGAUUGGCAGUGCGGCAUCUGCAGGUCACACAAAGUAUCUGGAGUGGUAGACUGCGUGCUGGAUUUGGAGAAACAGGGCCAACUUUCUAGACAAGAACCUUUAGGCUAUGACCGACAUGGCAGGAAAUAUUAUUUCCUUUGCAGAAGGAUAUUUGUCGAGGAUCAAAAUGGUGAAAUCAGUUAUUAUUCCACCACAACUCAAUUUGAAGAGUUAUUAAAAGUGUUUGAUUGUAAAGAUAUGGAAGCAACUUUAAACAGAGAACUUCAGGAAUACAAGGAUGAAAUCAGUAGGCAAAUGGAUCUGACUGAAAAACUCACCAAUCAGUAUAAAGGCAAUAAGAAAACGUAUAUAGAUGCGGAAAAUGCUUUGAUAAUCAAAACUAACAAGGAACUAAAAGAGAAACUUGAGGAGGAGAGGAAGGAAAGGGAACGUCAAAAUGCCGAGGACAUGGUAGCAAAAAUGCACGAGGAAUGUUCGGAUAUCGUGACGGAUGUACCGAUGGUAGUGGAAAAUACCGAGACGGUAACCACAACUUCUACCAUUGAAAGUGCAACGACUGAAAAUACGGAAACUGUUACAACUUCCACCACUGUAACAACGAAAUCCUUAGAAAAGGACUUGCAGGCGGAUGAUGAGGACGAGAAAAGCAAAGAGGUAUUAACCAGGUCUAAAUCCGGUUCCAUAAUCUCUAAAUCUUUCACGGUAGACGAUUUGAGAAGGAAAAACAUUCUGAACCGUGAUGAAAAUGAAAAGGACGAAUCUCGAAUGACGAGACUGAAAUCAAGCCAAAUCGCCAGUGGGACAUACCUCUUCAAGUUGGGAAUGGAAAACACAUUUAAAUUAUAUGUAAACCAAUUCACCACUAACAUAAUUGCACUUAAUAAACCCCAGAGGAACGAAGAAAGGGACAAGAAACGACAUCUGUCCCACAAAUUCUCACUGACGCCUGCUUCAGAGUUCAAAUGGGUUGGGGCUCUGAGUGGGGGCCGAUCUUUACUGAUGAACACUCUGCGGCACACUAUUUUGCAACUGGAACAGCAAGUCCCUUCACCUUUUAUGCAUCCUAAUUGGCAUCUAUUAAGGAAACAUUGGUUGACCAUCGUCGGAGGUUGUCAACAGCCUAAAGACUUUGCCAGAGUUCUAGUUGUUUUACAAGCUUGUAUUAAACCAGUGGUUUUCGCCAAUGUGUGGCACGAGCAACUGGGUCACAUAAAACUGGUGAGGAUAACGGCAGCAGAAAGGGAAGAGCGAAAGAAAAUAGAAAAAAGAGAAAAGAAGGAGCGUGAGGAAGAGGAGGAAAGAAACAGGAUGAUAAUUACUGGUUAUGUUAAGUACACCAUGAGCUUCAAACACCAGUUGUGGAAGCAAAAAGGGGAGGAGUAUAGAAUCCAUGGAAGGUGGGGUUGGCUUUGGAUCCGUACUCCUAGGAACUUCCAGCAUGUAGAUUCAAGAGAGUUAGGAUUGGCAGCAGGCCCUCAGAAGAUUAUGGUGCAGAUAAAAGAUCCUAAUGGGAACAAAGUCGUCGCACUGGACUCUAAUUUGUAUAGGUUUUUGACGACAAAAGUGAAAAAUUCCCAAAGCGCUGACGUAGAAUCUACAGAAAAAAACGACGAGAUCCCUGAAGUGUUAAAGAAACUUGAAAUUAUACCACCCUUAACAGAAUUCGAAGAAAUAGAUGUUACCAAGGCUCUCCUGACACCUGGUCGCAUGCUCUUUCCUAAAGUUGCUAAAAAAUCUAAGCUUGAUACGUUACUAUCUAGACGGGUGCAGCUGAAGGUGCUUGAAGAGACCAAGAUCGCUCAAAGCAAAACCGAAGACCAUCCGAAAGAGGAGGAUAUAAUAGAUGUGGAUGCCGAGGAUGAAACGAAUGAAGGUCUAGAAAAACAACUGAAUAACAUGAUGUCUGGCAAAGUUGCCCUUCCUAAUAACACUCAAACUGUGGCAAAUAGAGAAAUAUUGAAUUCCAUAGCGAAAAGAAUUAACGCCCUUCGUACUCAGUACACUUCCAUAGCGAAACUAGCAAAAGACUUCCAGUGUUACGUAAAGGGAUGCAAUUCCAGUGCUGGAAAUAGCGUGGAAAACACCUGUUAUUCUCCCCUGUGCAUGCAGAGAGUGAAGGUCAGAAAGGACCUUCUUGGUUUGCUGCGCAAAGCAAAUGUAGCUACCAACACCCCGUUUAAAUUGCCUGCGCUUUCCCAAGCAAGCACCCCUGCCAAGAAAACUUCUAUAUUGGAACAAACGCUGAAAGCUCCUCAAUUGACGCCCGUGAAGGAAAAGGAAAUUGUCCCGCCACCGACAAGAGAAAGCAUCUGCAAGGACCUGAUCAACGCAGUGCUGACGGCUCCAAAGAUGGAAGGAGACAUGAAAGAUGUUUAUGUACCUUUAAAAGAGCCCGUGAUUAAAAAUGAAAUCAAAGAGGAAAUCGAUGCUAAAGAUGUCGUUCCUAAACAAGACACAGACGAGGCCUUGGAAUCCCCUCCUAAGAAAAAAUUGAAGAAGGAGGAGCCUGAGGAAGAUAUUGACAUGAAGGACAUGUCCCCAGAUGCCAUCAAAGAGAUGAUAUUAGGUGGCAAACCAGAAAAGAACGAAGUAACUGUAACUAGCACCGUUACGACUACAACUACCAUUACAACGACUCAAACAAUGGUAGAUGGAAUAGUCAAAUGUGUAUCUGCGAGUGAGAACACCACGGAUACUGUCACUGUUACAUCUAACGCAAACGGUUCCGGUCAUACAAUACAGAUGUUAAAUUCAAAAUCAGCAGUCUACAGUGCACAGCAAAACAGAAGAUUCUGUGCUUAUAAAAUAGGAGUGAAACGUGAAGAAAGGACUGUUAAGAUGGAACAUGCCGAAGAUGGAACACAAAGAAUCUAUUCCACGCUAUCCACGGAAGGAAAACUUACUUUGAAGAAAAUUCCUAAUACUGUCGACCUUAGGCGUAAAAAGAGGCAAAUCGUUAAAUACCCUGCUUGUUCGACAUUCCUCACAAGAAAAGGACGUACAUCUCUUCUAGUUCUACCACAACAUGAUACUAGAAAGCUGGCGAGGAACGCCGGCAGAAUUCAAAUCCCAGGUUUCCACACUUUGGCCAAGGCGAAUAACAGCAUUUGGCCUUAUCCCUGUGCCAGACCUCUCUUUAAGACUUGUUGGAUAUACAGAACCGUCAAUUUGAAGUCCCUAGCAUGUGCGGCUCUUCAGUUGAAAAUUUUAUGGGCAUGCCUGAGAUGGGACGACAUGCAAACGAAACCGCCAAACACCGACGGAAAGCACCAAAUCACCACUGAGACAGAGAUUUUGUCUUUGGAACUGUUGAAACAUAAACACAUUGGCCAGUUUAUGGAGAAGACGCAGUAUCUGAGAAGGAAAGUGGUUAUACCCUUGGAAUUGCCAAAGACAGUUAGAGAAGUAACAUCGAUUCGUAGCGGUCUAAGGAAAAGGAAGAGACCAGAAUCUCCGCAAAGCAUGGACCCCCAAGUUUCGGAGGAAUGGGUAGACGAAGAAAAACUCGAGCUGUGGGAAAUUAAGCAGUAUGGAGAAAAGGUGGAAAAGGCUAAUCAGCAAGUUAUAACUAGGAGCCGGACCGGCAAUCUGCCACCCGUUAAACCUAUCGGGGAGGCCCCCGAAGUCAAGCCCACCAUAACGGGUAAGGCAACGGCCGAGGAAAUCAAGGAGAAGAUGGAGCAGCAGUUGAGACUGCAACGUGCCGCACACCAGCAGAAGAGGGCACUGGAGAUCAAGAACGUUAAACCGGCACAGCUAUUGGAGAUGGUGGGCAGCACCGCGCAAGCUACAACUGCUUCCUCCACAAAACCGACCACAACUAAUCCGCAAUUACAACCCAUACAACCGAAAGUGACAACAGCCGACGGCCAAAUGAAAAUCGUCAAGAACGUUGUCGUACCUAACCAGUCGGUCAUCAGCGGUAAAAACACUUUAACAUCACUACUAACCAACAGCAAUAAAUUAGCGGGUCGGAGGAUAUUAAUGACCAAAGGCCCGGACGGCACUACCAGGGUAAUUACUGGUACCGCCAAUAUCUUACCCAAAAAUCUACAGACCACUCAACAGAGCUUGAUUAAAGCCCAAACGACGAGCCAACAACAGGUUCAGCCCGUACAGGUGCAACAAGCAACGACAUCCACACCAACCACCAACCUACCGACCAAAGACACACCACAACGCGUCCAAAUCAUGCGCACCCCCGACGGUCGCAUUACCGUCAAGGGUCUCCUGCCUGGCCAGCAAUUAGUCCAGUACCCUGACGGAAAACUUCAGGUUCUCACCACUGCCCAACUGCAGUCCUCCGGUCUUACUACGACUAAAACACCCAUCACUGCCACCACCCCGAAAGCCAUUAUUAAACAGGCCGUAAAUACGUCCGCAGGUAAGGCUCUGGUACAGACGAAUCAGCUCAAGACGGUGGUCGCGCAGCCUCAGGUGCAGCAGAGCCCUAUUAAGACCCAGCAGGUGGUGGUCAAGCAGCAGCAACCCAUCGUGCAAAAGGUCACGCAAGGAAAUGUAGUGGUCGGCACCGCCGGGCAAGUCAUACAGCAGCAGGUCGUCCUCGGUAGCAAUCAAGUCAUCGCCAGUCAAGGAGGGCAGCAGAUCAUAACUAAUCAAAUAGUGGUCAACAAUCAAAACCUGGCUCAACAACUUGCCACGGGCAAAGUGCAAGUCGCCACGAUAAACGGCCAACAAGUCCUAAUCAGACCCACGGGCAAUAAUCAGGCCCAAGUUGUAGCCCAGUUAACCCCUGGUAGUAUCACGCAGACGAUACAGCAGGCGCAGCCACCCGCAACAGCGACCUUGACUACCAACACUCCGGUGAAACUGCAACCAGUCAUAAAACAAGUCGAGACGCCUCAACCUGUGGCUCAACAGCAAACACCGCAGAGUAUUCAACAGGCCCUGCAAUCCUCUCCGAAACCAGUUCAGGAUAAUAAUCAGAUCGAUCCUGCUACGAUGGAACAGCUUCUAGUUGGACAGCCGCCUGGUACAGUUAUCAAGUGUGUCACCGCGCAGGUUAUCCAGACGCAGCAAGGCCCGCGGAUCGUACUGCAGGGCUUGCAAGGGGCAGAUUUUACACCACAGCAGCUGGCAGCUGUACAACAGCAGGUGAAGCAGCAGCUGCUUAAGGCACAAGCUUCAACGGGAAAACAGGGCGUUCUUGGCCCCACUAAAAUAUACCUGGCUGUGCAGCCCAGCAGUCAGGACCAGUCAAACGAAACCACGUCUAGCAAUCCUCCGCCUCUGACGCCAGUGCAACAGCCCCAGAACACUUUGACUCAGAACGUCGCCGCUGUGGCGAACAUCAAGCAGAGCCCCGUGAAGCAACUACAGCCAACAGUUGUACAACAGACUAAAGAAACCGUCUCGACGGUCGGCGGUCGUCAGGUUCUUGUAAACGGGCAGCAGUCCCAGACUUCCGCCCUCCUCCAAGCCAUGAAGGCCAACAUGGAGGCCGGCCAGCCGACGUCUGUCGUCCAAGGUCAGCCGCAGACGCAGGUCGCCACCGCAACUGGGGAGGCAAACAAGCAGUUUGUCGUCACACCCGACUAUAUUCAGCAAACCAUCAAAUCCGCCUUAAAACAAGAGAACCUCAAUCCCGAAAUCGAGGAAAAACUGUUGCAGCUGCAGAGGUACCAAGAAAAACAAAUGAAACAGGAGCCCGAAUUGCCCACGCCAGUCCCAAAAGUAAAUCAGACGGUUGUCCCUAAUUCCCGGUUCCCCACUGCUACCCGCAAAAGACCGCCCAGUGCUUCCAAGAACGAUGAUAGUGAUUGGGUGAUGGAAACCCCCAAAAGGAGCCGCCCCAACAGAUCCUCCGACGGGAAAAAAAUCGAAACCGAAUCACAUCAAGAACCAGUUAAAGAAAAGAUUGUGUCGCCUAGAGCUAGAAUCAAAAUAAAAGAAGUUUCUGAAGCGGAAAGAAAAGUUACUAUUAAAACGAAAAUAAUGGUUAGUUUGUUUAGACAGAAGGAGCUACUGAAGAAAGAUAUAUUAAGGAAAAGGGCAUUAUUGGAAAAAGAACUGCAAUAUGAAAUCCAGAGGGAGGUAGCCGAGGAGCUGGCAGCACGCACCAAAAUCGAGCGAAGCAAGCAGGACGAGGUCCGGACAGGCAGCAGCAAAAGAAAAUCGGCCGCUACUGCCACGACAGCGGCCAUCCACCAGCCUCCUCAGAAAUCCUCGACGUCCCGCCACAGAAAAACCCAGAAGCAGGCUCAGAACCCGUCUCCGCCAUCGACCGCUUCCACGGCCGCACAAAAGGCCAACCUCAAGAAAGAGAAGGUUUACUGUAUCUGUCGGACGCCGUACGACGAAACCAAGUUUUACGUGGGUUGUGAUCUGUGCAAUAACUGGUUCCACGGCGACUGUGUGGGUAUUACGGAGGAAAGCAGCAAGUCCCUCACGGAAUUCAUUUGCACGGAAUGCAAGCAGGCCAGGGAUACUCAGAAGUUGUAUUGUCUGUGUCAGCAGCCCUACGACGAGUCUCAAUUUUACAUCUGCUGUGAUCGAUGUCAAGACUGGUUCCACGGUAGGUGUGUGGGCAUUCUGCAGUCGGAAGCGGACAACAUCGACGAAUAUAUCUGCCCGAGGUGUCAGCGGAACAAUUCGGUUAACUUCGCCAACAUGAAAGACCUGACGCAGAAGGAUUUCGAGGGGCUCCGCAAACUCAUCAAGCAGCUGCAGGUUCAUAAAAGCGCCUGGCCGUUUAUGGAACCGGUGGACCCAACGGAGGCCCCAGAUUAUUACAAGGUCAUAAAGGAACCUAUGGACCUUCAGAUGAUCGAAAACAAAAUAAACGACAAGCGGUACACGAAGCUGAGCGAGUUCAUAGGAGACAUGACGAAGAUAUUCGACAAUUGCAGGUACUACAACCCGAAAGAAUCUCCGUUUUAUAAAUGCGCCGAAUCCCUGGAGGCUUACUUCGUCAACAAGAUAAAAUGUUUGAGGGAUAAGUUGUACGAGAACAACAAGUGAAGGGACACCGACGGCGGUGCGACAGGUCCGUAGGUUCUCCCGGAAGACUUUCAGCAGGUCUGAAACGAUCUCAGCUUUAUGAAAUAUUGGUCUUGUAAGUUUUAACGAUCUGCUCGGAGUCUAAAAAAAAAAAGUGUACAUAUUUAUUAUUAUUAGUUUGUGAAUAUGUCUACGAGUAAUUUUUUUUAUUUUGUAAUUAUUUUGAUAUGACUACUUCAGUUGAGAUAUUUAUAAAAAAAGCGGAAUUUAACUUUAAAAGCUUGCUAGCGAACCGUUUUAAGUUUCUACAUGGUAAUACUUUUUUGUCGGAUGUUUAAAUCAAUUGUGUAAUUUAUGAUAUAAAUAUAUAUUCAGUCUUAGUAUAGUGCCAUUGUAGAUAUUAUUUAGGUAUUCGAUUUGUUUUAUUUAACAGAAGGUUUCCCUUUAAGUUUGCACAUAUUUAAAGAAUUUUUAUAAUUAGUCGGUAGGCCUUAUCGACUUGUAUUUUAUCAAGAAAUAAAAAACAUUACAUGAUGGUUUUUAUUA